AUGUGGAGAUAUGUAGUUGACAUUCAGCAUGUAGUCGGGAAAUUGGGUGCGGUUGUGGUUGUGGAUCCGAGGUCACUAAACUUGCCACAACACAAGUCUCAACAUCCGGAGUGUGUUCACUACGAAUAUUGGAUUGGAGUAGAAGAGGGAUGGGAAGGAAUGGUCUGCGGAGACGGAGAACACCGUCGUCUCGCGGUCCAUCCCCCUCUCCAUCAAUUGCACAUUGCGUCUUCGCAUGACUGGAGGGUGCGCGUGAAUAAUGAGUUGCUGUUGUCUGCUCAGUGUCACAUCCGCCAACACCAACAGUGGUUCUGCGCUCCCUGUCUCUUUGCCACCUGUUUGUGUCUAGACGGUUGCAAUGUUACAGUUGAACAUCGCCAACUCGCUCGCCACAAUGCACUGGGUUGGCGCCCACCUCAACAGCAUUCUGUCUACUGUAGCAAUGUGGACUCAGUUGGUCCGUCAUCCCUCUCCUCUCAUCGCUUAAUGCACCUCAGAGGCAAAGGUGGAAAGCACAACGACUAUAAGGCAAGUCAUCUCACCUCCCUCCCCUCUCCUACUUGCUCAUCCUAA